GAGAAGAAGACGGACCCAGAAAACUGUCGCACGGCAAUGAUGGCACUGCUCUUGGACGCCAGACUUCUCGUGAGAAAAGUGAAAGAUUUAAGUUGUUUCACGCCAAGACGACACCGAGUGAAAGGGAAGUGGGCUGCCACACUUGCCAAGCAGCCUGCCACCAGCCUAGCCCUGCAGCACUUUGAUGCCACCUACAGCGGCCAGCUGGGAGAGCUGUGGCCAUCAAUCCGAGUCGCCUUGCUGUCAGAGAAGAAAUACGGAGCCCUGUUCAAUAACUUCUCCCACGAGUCUACUCUGGCACAAUUAGAAGCCCAGGGAUGCAGAGACUUCAUCAGUGACACAGGUACAGAGGCUCAGCCAUCUGAGGUUGCAGUUGAAGAGGAAUCCAACUGUGUCUCUAUAAAGAAAUCUGACAUUGAUGGUCAGCUACUAUCUCCUCUACAGCUUAGUCCUCACAUCAAGUGCUUAGUGUUUCCAAGAGGGGACAUCACAAGAUUCAAGCCUGCAAGACCAGACAUGUACGGGUUGUUGGGUUACUACCUGAUGGACGCAGCAUCUGUGCUGCCUGUUCUCGCAUUAGAUGUUCAAGAAGGUCACAGUGUGCUUGACCUCUGUGCUGCUCCAGGAGGCAAAACCCUGGCUUUACUUCAGACCCAGUCUAUAGGUUUUUUGUGCGUGAAUGACUCAUCGGUGUCCCGGACGUUGCGACUGAGAAGGGUUCUCCGCAGUUUCGUUCCUAAGCAGUUAUUGACGGACGAGAAACUACACAUCAGCUCCCUUGACGGCACCAAGUGGGGGGAAGUCGAGAGUAACACUUUUGACAGGGUCCUUGUUGAUGUCCCCUGCACCACGGACAGACAUUCCGUAACGGAGGACGACAACAAUAUAUUCAGUAAGAGCAGGACCGGGGAGAGACGGAGGCUGCCACAGCUACAGCUGGAGCUGCUACUGGCGGGAAUCGAAGCGGCUUGUCCAGGUGGGGAAAUCCUCUACUCCACCUGCACACUUUCUCAAAUCCAGAACCAGAGUGUGGUGGAGCAGGCCAUCUUCUUGGCUCAAGAGAACCACGGCAUCCGCCUUCAGGUUGUUGACCUGAAACCGCUCCCACACAUGUUUAGGAAAACCUUUCACUUCGCUCCCAACCUCCACCUGGGUGAGAUGGUCAUCCCACACUUAGCUGCUAACUUUGGCCCCAUCUACAUGUGCAAGCUAAGGAGGCUUUCAUAGACUUGUGGACUGCUUUUCCUAAAAGCUUGUUGACAUUUGAAUGUCUGUGUCACUGCUUUAUGGACUGGUGGAGGCGAUGCUCUGGACUGGACUCUGGACUGUAGGAGCACAGUUGGAGAAGAUUUCAUUGUGGUGGUUGACGGUUGAAACACUGGACUACUGUUGGUUAAAUGUGACAGAAAACACAAAGAAUCCAGCUGGACCUGGAACAUGACAUUAUAACUGGACAACACCAAUAGAAACGUCAAGUGAACUGCUAUCAGUUAAACCUCUGAUUUGACUAUUUAUUUGGACUCUGUAGAUGUGCUUAUGAUUAAAUUAUGUCUUUUAACUGUAGUUUCAUUUUUGCCCUGUAGGUGGCAACAUUAGCCAAAGAUUAAAGUGUCCUGUAUAUUCUGUGUCCACUAGAGGGCACUAAGGGUGUGAGUAAAGGAGCUCCACUAUGCAUGUUCUCUUGCACUGUGUCAGAUGCACAGAGAUAAAUAUUUCAGGUUGGGGAAUGAUAUUACUGAAACACAAAUUUCCAUCAGAAUUACCUGCCCUCUUUAACUCUCCAGUGAAAAUGGGUCUGGCUUGUUCUAUGGUUAUUCAUCAGGUUUGAUGUCUUUGCCUAAUAACGCGAUAUGUGGGUAUGUGGAAGGAGGGCAUAAUGAACAGGCAGGUAAUGACUUAUUUGACCAUUUGGCUUCUCACAUCUGAAUCUGUGCAACUUUCAUUAUGAUAGCUGGGAUUGACUCCGUUUUGCAUUGACAUCACUCAGAGGUGAAAUGUUUCCUCUUAUCACAAGCUAAUGUGAGCGCAGAGGUGCCUCUUUUCCCCAUCACACCGCCGAUGACCCUUUAUGUUGUCCUGGCCAGGCAAUGUAGCGUGAAAAAGGUGUGUGUGUAUAUGUGUGUGCCUAACGAGUCCACCAUCCACAUCCCACUGUCAUUAAGCUGCUCCAAGUGCAGGAGCUGACUCCCAUCCCCAUGCAGGGAUGGACGGCAGCCAUGCGGCUCCCAGAUGAACAUUAAAGAGGCAGCAGAGAGCUAAAAUGGGACGUCUCGCCCUGUUUUGCCCCUCCGCUUUUUUAUUCCACAGAUGAGUGCAGAUAAUUUUCUGUGCGAUUGUGAGUGAUUACUGCAUUACUGCGGUAAAAGGGGGAUGUAUCUGGGAAUGCAGAGGGAAUUAAUGACACAUAAAAACUAUUUUUGUAUUGACUGCUUUCGUCUCCAGGGCCUUGAAUGCCUCUUCGCACAUCGUGUGAUUACCUAAACGUAUUGUAAAUAUGUGUUUCCUAUGGGCUCUUACAUAAAUUUACAUGUUUUAACACUCAGGAGACGGCAGACUGUUAGAGAUGAGUUACUCUCUAUUCUGCCUGUCUAUAGACUCCACUGACUGUCUGCUUUAUUAUUGAAUUAGCCAAUGAACCGCUGUGCAUUUGUGUCCCUGUGUGUAAGCCUGUGUUAGGAAGACGUAUGCUGUGUAUUAGAAAGAUGAAUCUUAUGGAUUUAACUACACAACCAUGCUUCUUUUGUGUUUUCAAAUAUAAUUUAAGUGUUGCUUUUUUUUCCUAAUAAACAUGCAAAACACUGUAA